AUGAUGACGCGGCAACUUAGCGAUGUCACUGAGAACUUCUGCCCCACGACCUGGACGACCAGUGCCCUGCCACCCGUUGAGCUGUCAACGGAUCAGCGUGAAAAGUUUCGAGUAUUAGCGACUCAAUUACUCUCGAAUACUUUGCGGGACUACGAUACCUACGACGCUGACCCGAGACAAAGAUCCAUGAGUCAACGUCGGUGGAAGCCCGUCAAGAAGAAAGACCACAUCACAGUGUACGAGGAACGCUACCCAACUUCACGGUCCGAAGCCAAUAUAAUGGACCGAGUGUCCAUGGCAUUUCAUGCCAGCCAGUGGACGGAGCCCAAAUUGCUGGUGGCCACCGGCUGGAUCGAAGGGACUCUAGACGACGUUGUGUACGGCAUCACGUCAGCCGAUGCACAAAACAUGCUGCUCAAAGAUACAGUACUUCAGAACAAACUAAUCAAUGGAGCGGUGCUAGCUUGCAUUGACGCUCCAUGCAAUGCCGACCCGUUUCGAUUCCUCGGUAUCAAAUGGCUUGUGAAAGGUCCUUCUACUGCGUUCAAAGGCAUCGUACGCGCUAGAGAUUUGGUGGUCCUCGAAGCUACAGGAGUUACAACGCGACCAAAUGGAGAACGUAUUGGAUACCAUCUUCUCCACUCCGUAAACUUGUCACAAUAUCGAGAUGCGACGCCUUGGUUGGGAGCAAAAGUAACGCGUGGUCACAUCUCACGCUGCUCCAUUUUCAGAGAGGUCCCGGCAGGUCUCGGAAGCAGACACUCCAAAGUCGACGUGUUCGUCAAGGGAUAUGUGGAGACAUGUGGUAAGAUACUAAACUCGGUAGCUCUAAAGGCAGAAUCAACAGAAUUUAUCAGCUCUUGGGACACAGUCGAGUGUGCCAACCUCAAGAAACUUAUGUGGUGCUUCCGUCAGCUAAUGGAUGGAGGUCGAGCAAGACACAGAGAUCGUACCUCGACUCAACAUCCACAAGUUAGCAGUAGCGUCAGCUGCUCUAGUCACGCAGGUUCUUCAAGCGAUUAUCAAUUGUCUCUUUGGCCCCAAUCUCAUUCUCUGGAACUCUCAAGUAGCUGUGGAACAUGCACAAGACGACUCUUUAAACUGGUAAGUGGCGCCUUCUUUUGCAUGCUGUGUUCUCGAAUCACAUGCUUCCGUUGUCGAGUUCCACGUAUCAUGAAAGAAGUGAAUUCCAAAUUGUGGCUCCGACAAAAAGAAGUGCUCAUUUGCAAGCGGUGUGUCCUCCAAGUUGACCACCUUGCAGCCGUAGAUGUCGCGCGUGCCGAAGUCCAAGCCGGUUGGGUUUCAACAACUCUUGACAAACGCUCGAAAAAGCUUGCUAUCACUGGCAUGACUACUCACGCAGGUGCGGCAAUUGUUAGACUACCCGCGGAAGAAGAGUCCCCACUCUCUGUGCUGUCACGAACUGCAGAUCAGCAGGUCAACUCCUUUCGAGGCGUUCAGCUUAUUGAGAUACCUCAACCUAGAACCUCAGAGCCUGAUGAGGUAGGGCUGUCUGACGCUGAGUACCGAAAACUCAUUUGGUCGCGAAUCGUGGAGCAGCGCAUGGUGGCUGAAUCCAUCUACAAAUUGGCUCCCGAGACUGCCGAGGCGAUGAAUGUCUUGAUUAAACCGAUAACCCGCCGGUAA